AUGUGGUUGUUUGGAAUACUGUUUCUAUGGAGACUCUUAAACAGUCUUAUUUCUAGGACGUAUUUCCAAGCAGAUGAGUUUUGGCAAACAUUAGAACCUGCACAUUGGAAAGCGUUUGGUUAUGGAACAAUUACAUGGGAAUGGAAAGAGGGAUUCCGAAGUUAUGCAUUCCCCUUUUUAUUUGAAAUUGUGUAUCGCUCUAUAUUUUUAUGGAAAUCAUUAUAUAAAUUUAUAGGGUUAAAUAUGGAUUGUUGGAAUGCUAUAGAAUAUAAAGCAGUCUUAUAUCUACCCAAGAUUUUAAUGGCCCUUAUUGCAGCAAUUGGUGAAUAUUAUAUGUGCCUCUUUAUAACAAACUUUUUAUGUCAUAUAAAUUACGAAAAAAAAUCUUUUGCAAAGGAUCAAACAUACAAAGAGAAAGUGACUAAAACUGUUUUAAUUUUAACAAUGACAAAUUUCUUUAAUGGAUUUUUUAUCACUCGAACAUUUAUAAAUUCAUUUGAAAUGACAUUAACUUCCAUCUCCCUAUAUUAUUGGAAAUGGAAUAACAUUGGUUUAGAGCAAUUCUCCUUUCAAAUGUCUUUAUUUUUAGCUUUAUUCACGUGUUUACAGAGACCAAGUAAUGGUAUUAUAUGGAUUAUUCUUGGUUGUAGUUUACUUUAUAAUCUUUUAAGAGAUAAACAAUAUUCAAUUGUUACGCAACUAUUAUACUAUGUCAUGAGAAAUUUUAUUAUUGCUUUAAUCUUUAACUGUAUUAUUGAUUAUCAUUUUUACCAUAAGUUGGUAUUCCCAAUAUUUAAAUUUAUUGAAUUUAAUUUUACAACACCAUUAUCACAGUUCUAUGGCGUUGCACCUUGGCAUUUCCAUAUAUUGCAAAGUUGUCCUAUCCUUUUAGGUUACAAUAUCCCAUUUUUCAUUAUUGGAUUUUUUGUUUCAAACAAUUGUCAAAAAGAGUCAUCAUUUUAUAAAUUAUCCCCACAUUUCACUAUGAAGUUGGCUCUUAUAGUUAAUUUAAUAAUAUAUUCAUGUCUACCUCAUAAGGAGUUCCGUUUUGUAUUUCAAAUUCAACCUUUCUUUUUGUUAUAUGCAACUUUAGGGGUCUUAAGAACAAUUAAUCAUAUUCCAAGGUGGAUUAUUUAUUCUGUACCAUUAAUUUCAACAAUUGGAUUUAUCAUAGUCGAUUAUUGCCAUGAGGCUGGAUCUAUUGAGGUCAUAAAAUAUCUACAUAAUUUAGAUGAAAUUGAAAGUCUUGGAUUUGUUAUGCCAUGUCAUUCAACCCCAGGUCAUUCAUAUCUUCAUAGGGACGAUAUCAAAGAUCUGUGGUCGAUAUCUUGUGAACCACCUCUAACCCUUUUAAAUGCAACAGAUGUUUCGAUUAGGUUAUCAAAGUAUAUGGAUGAAAGUGAUCAUUUUUAUAAUGAUAUUCCAAAUUUUUUUAAUAAGUAUUUUUCAGAUACGAAGAAUAAUAAUAACUCAGUUAAAUCUAAAGAAUUCGAUAGAAUAUGGCCUCAAUAUUUAGUAGUAUUUGAACAUUUAAAUAGAGAAUUUUUGAGCUUAUAUUUUCAAGAGAAUGGAACGUACAAAGAAUAUAAACGAUUUUUCAAUACAUUAUCUCAUUGGGAUUCUAGAAGGUUAGGAGAUAUUAUUAUUUACAAAAAAAUAGAUAUAUUAUAA